AUGCAAUUCACUGAGUUCCUCGAUUCGGCCAAUGCGGUGGCAUCACUUGUCAGGCUCAACAAGCAUUUUUACAUGCCACAAAACGUCAGCAGCUACUACACCGGCCGACAGAGACAGUUGGAGGAAUUGAAAACUACACUUGGUGUGCUGAAGUCCCAGGAAAGGCAACAUCACCAACGACGCUUUGUUGUUCACGGUCUUGGAGGGUCUGGAAAGACACAAUUCUGCUGCAAAUUUGCUCAAGACAACCGGGAAUCGUAA